AUGAAACACGAAAACUAUGAUCCUUAUUUUCCCGAUCAGCCGGUGGUCGAUCUUUACCUCACGACAUGGGCAAAGCUUCCGGCUUUCAAGUCCAAACCGGCGUUUAUCUGGGUUGAUGAAGAUCACGGCGACCGGUCAAACAUCUCUGGGCUUACCUAUGAGGAAUUAAACACCUCAGUUCAGUGCAUUUCUUCAAGGUUGUUGCAGGUUUCCUUAAAACGAGGUGACACAGUUGUUGUUUUAUGUUCUCCGGGUCUUGAACUUGUGGAGAUCAUUUUUGCGUGUCAAAGAGCUGGGUUCUUGGUGGUUCCAGUUUCUCCUCCUGACCCAUCUUUUUCUGGGGAAAAUUUUCAUCAUCUCGUGAGAGUUCUUUCCCAGACAAAGCCAAAAGCUGCCAUUGCAGAAAGUGAUUAUAUCAGGCAGUAUAUAUCGGCCGCCGUCUCUUCAAACACGCGGCUGUCGGAGCUUUUGCAGGAACUGAAAUGGAUUCCUGUCGAGGAAAUCAGAACCAAGAAGGAAGAGAAGGAAGAUGAGUUUUCGUACAAUGGGUGCAGAGCUGACGAGGUGUACUUGAUUCAGUACACGUCUGGGGCGACUGGGAUUCCUAAGCCCGUCCUCGUCACUGCCGGGGCCGCAGCACACAACGUUAGAACAGCACGAAAAGCCUACGAUCUUCACCCCAACAGCGUUAUCGUGUCGUGGCUGCCGCAGUACCAUGACUGCGGCCUCAUGUUUCUACUUCUCACCGUGGUUUCAGGCGCCACGUGCGUUUUAACAUCUCCCAAUGCAUUCGUGCGCCGCCCCAGAAUCUGGCUCCAGAUGAUCACCGACUACAAAGCUACCUGCACUCCGGUGCCGUCUUUCGCGUUGCCACUGGUUUUGCGCCGUGGAGGGGUGGACCAAGGCGGCGGCGCCGGUUCUAUUACUUCUUCUAUAAACCUUUCGUGCAUGAAGAAUUUGAUCGUCAUCAACGAGCCAAUUUACUGGUCGGCAAUUCAAGAAUUCGUCCAAAUGUUUAAGCCAUACGGGCUUGAUCCUUCCGCCAUUUCUCCAUCCUACGGGUUAGCAGAAAACUGCACCUUCGUUUCAACGGCGUGGAGACUUGGCAAUGGCUGCGCUUUCCCGACCUACAAUCAGCUAUUACCCAGUGCCAAGCUUCCCACCAAUGGCGAGGAAGAAGAAGAGAUCGAAAUAUUAGUCGUGAACGAGGAAACGGAGGCGUUAGUUGACGACGGGACGGAAGGAGAAAUCUGGGUUUCAUCUCCGAGCAAUGCUUCCGGCUACUUACACCACCCUUCUCUAACCCGCCAAGUCUUUCAUGCGAGGCUCCGAAACUACGUAACCCGUCAAUGCUUUGUCCGGACCGGCGACAGGGGAGUUGUCAGAGGGGAAGAACGGUAUUUAUACGUCACCGGCCGGUGCUCCGACGCCAUUAAACUCCCAAACCGACAACCAUUUCACCCUCACUACAUAGAAACCGCAGCAUACAACACCUGCCCUCAUCUCCUCCGCGGCGGCUGCCUCGCCGCCUUCGAGUUUUCAAGCACCAUAGCUCUCGUUGCAGAGCUGCAGAGACCCGAUGUGGGACUCGACACUCUGGUUAAAGCGUGCGAAGCCAUGAGAGAAGCAGCGAUGAACAAAGAGAAUGAUCUUAAUGUGGGAAUUGUGGUUCUUGUAAAGAGUGGAAGCGUUCCCAAGACUACUUCUGGGAAGGUACAAAGAUGGCUGGCGAAGCAUAAACUGGAGAAAGGUAUAAUGGCAGUGAUAGCCCAGGUGAACUUCCACGAUCAUGGAGGCCAUAAUCUGCAGAAGAAUAUGGUCCAAACAAGUGAGGUAAAAGUGGGAAGAAAAGAAAGCAUAAAGGGAAGAGUUUCAUCACUGCAUGGAGAAGCUGAGAAUAUGAUUCUUUCACUGCCAAAUAAUCAGAAUCAUAAACCCACCUUGCUCUCCUCCCUCUAA